CUCCGACCGAACAAAAUGGCGGCGGGGCGGCCCCUCAGGGAGCGCCCUUAAAGGAGCCGCAGCGCCCGGGGCUCGGCGGUGCGGGCGGCGAUCGUUCGGUGAGGGGAACGAGGCGGCGGAAAGGUGCGUUGAGAACCCGUGCCAUCCUUCGGGAGAGCUCCGAGGCCGCCCUGCCCUCCCGUGCCGCGGCGACGAGCGGUAAGACGGCGUUACCAUGUCAACGCAGUUCUUCCAGGUAUUGCCAUGUGAUACCCGGCAUUUCUGGCAAUGAAGAAAGGCUUUGUAAGGAAUGCUUCAGGUAGAAAUCCACAGGCAUCAGCGUCCCACAUAGCUCAGCUAAUGUCACCUGUCAGUUCAAGUGCCACAUCUCCACAUCUUGGCCAGCAGACACCUCCAGCAGCUCCCAAAAGCAUGGAGCAGAGGUCCCAACGACUGGGUAUUCCAGCAGAAAAUGUUGGAGCUGCUUUUAAAUUCCAGAAAGUUGAAAAUGGUGUUAGCCCGGGGGUUAAGUACAUAACUGAACCCCUUAUAAAGGGUCUGUCAAAACAGCAAAAUCUGGCAUGCAUAAGCUCACUGAAUCUUUCUUCCCCAAAGGAUGGGGACAAGAAAUUUAAGUACAUAGAAAAUUUGGAAAAGUGCUCUAAACUGGAGGUGCUAAACCUUAGUAACAACCAAAUAGAGAAAAUUGAGAAGUUGGAUAAACUGCUGAAGCUGCGUGAGCUCAACUUGUCCCGCAACAGAAUCAGCAAAAUUGAAGGCAUAGAACAUUUGCAGAACCUACAGAAGCUGAACCUGGCAGGGAAUGAGAUUGAGCACAUUCCUUUGUGGGUAGGGAAGAAGCUGAGAUCCCUUCAAAGCCUGAAUUUGAAACAGAAUAAAGUGUCAUCACUCCAUGAUAUAGCUAAACUAAAGCCUCUGCAAGAUCUGACCUCUCUGUUCCUUGCUGAAAAUCCAGUUGCAAGUCUGCCUCACUACUGCUUGUACACCAUAUUCCACCUGAGGGCACUGGAAAACUUGGAUGGACAGCCUGUGACAAACCAUGACAGGCAGGAAGCUCUGGAGAGGUUUAAUUUGGAAGAAGUAGAAAAAUUAGAAAGAGAAUUGGAAAACACAAAAAAGGAGAUGGAGAAUGUGAAACUUAACCAGUCCAAAGUGCUUGAGCAACUUCAGCAUCAAGAUGAGCUCAACAAGUCACUAAAGGAAAAGGCUGUGCAACAGAGACAAAGCUUUGAAGAGCUGCAGAGGGACCUGGGCACCAAAAAUGAGCUGCUGAAGCAGAAGACAGUGGAGCUGACCCGGGCUUGCCAGAAGCAAUAUGAGCUGGAGCAGGAGCUGGCCUUUUACAAGAUUGAUGCAAAAUUUGAGCCCUUAAAUUAUUUUCCCUCAGAGGAGGUUGAGCUUGAUAAUGUACCUGGUGAAAGUCCCUACAUUGGCAAGGCCAGGUACAAAAGAAAUAUGUUUAUAAGGGAAGGAUACAUUGCUGACAAAGCUCAGCAGCUGCAGGUUGGGAAAAUGCAACAGGAGAAAGAUGACUCCUGUAGGAAACCCCAGCUGGAAUCACAUCUCCAAAGUCUAGAUAAAAUACUGCAUGAUAAGGAAGAAAAGAUUAAUUCAGCACAAAGAAGAUUAGAAGAACUGCGAAGUGAAAUUGGAACUGCAGAGCAACAAGUGCUGAAAGUAACAGAGGAGCUGCAACAACUGGAGGAUGCUCUGGCUCAGAAAAAAAUCUCCCAGGCCAGCAAGGAAGCAAUUGAACAGCAACUGAGUGGAAAGUUAAAAAUCCUGCAGGAGCUACGCAAGGAAACCAUAGAACUGGAAAAACAAAUAGAGAAACAGAAAAGAGAAAUAGAGAAAAAUCAGAAAGAGCUUGAAAAUUUGCAGACUUCUCUUGGUUCUGUAAAUCCUGAGGAUCCAAGGCAUGCUCACAUGAAAGCUCAAAAAGCAAGUAAAGAACAGCACCUUGAUAUAAUGAGCAAACACUGCCAGCAGCUGGAGACUCGCCUGGAUGAGAUGCUCUCCAGGAUUGCAAAGGAAACUGAGGAAAUCAAGGAUUUGGAGCAGCAGCUCACUGAUGGUCAAAUAGCAACAAAUGAAGCACUCAAAAGGGAUCUGGAAAGUAUUAUCACUGGCUUACAGGAAUACCUGCAAAGUGUGAAGCAUCAGGCAAAACAGGCCAAUGAGGAGUGUAAGAAGUUGAAGAAGGAAAAAGAAUCUUUGCUGGGAAGAUUGACAGGUCUGGAGGAGGAAAAAAACAACCUGGAAGUGGUUGCCAUGGAUGCAGAAAAUAUGAGAAAAGAAAUUGCAAUGCUGGAGAGUUCACUCCAGGAGCAGAGAGACAUAAAUGAGUCCCUUCAAGGUGCUCAGGGGAAGGUCAGCACCUACAAGGCUGAGCUGGAAGCUCAGUUAAGAGAGAGAGAUGCUGAAGCCAAGCAGCAAAAAGAAGAAUUUGAAAGACUGAAACAACUUAGCCAGAUGGAAUUGUCAGCCCUGCAGGAUGAACUUGAAAAGGAAAGACAACUGUUAGAGAAUGCUCAGACCAAAGCACAACUGGCAGAAGAGAAGGAACAACAAAAUUACAAGCUGCUUUUACAGUUCAAGCAAUUGCAGGGUGACAAUAAUUCCCUGAAACAACAGCUUAAAGAUCUCCAGAAUCAGCUAAACCAUGCAGUUGGUAACUUAAUUCACCCUGAGGAUGUCAUGGCUUGUAUAAAUGAACUCAGGCAAAAGCUUCAGACAGGAACUGGAGAGAUGAAGUGUCUAAAUUCAGCUGAUAUUUUAGGAAAAAACCUUGCAAGUCUCCAGAAAGAAUUCAAUGACAUCCUUGCUGAUGCACAGAAGGAAAAAGAGAAAGCAUGGGAUGGACAGAGACAGCUGCAGGAAGAAAUGGUAUCCCAGCAGGAAAAAAUGGAAAAAAUACAGGAGAAAUACAGACAGGUUAAAGCUGAAAACAGGCAAAAUAAGAACAAGGUCCAUCAGUUAGAGAAUGAAAUUCAAAGUUUACAUGUAAAAAUAAAGAGCAUGGAAGAGGUUCAGGGCCUGGCUGAUCAGCAGCUCCAGGAAGCAGAUGAAGAAAAAGAGGCUAUUCUUUCUCAGCUGAAGAAUUUAGAGAAAAGGAAAAAAGUUGAAGAUGCCAGGACACAGAUGCAAGUGCUGAGCCUGGAUAAGGAGCUGAAGGAGCUGCAGAGAGCAGUGAUCACCUCAGACAAGCUGGCAGCCACUGAGCUCUCCAUCGCUGCAAAACAGCUCAAGGCUCUGGAGGGGACUCUGCUCAGGAUUAAUCAGGAGAGAGUUGAGGAGCGUGAGGAAGCCCAGGAGCUCUGUGCUGAGGCAACUCGUGCUUCUCAGGCUCUUGCCAGAGCAGAAGCAGAAAUAGAAUUGCUACAACAACUCCUGAAGGAGAAGGAACAGCAAGUUCUGCAGGAAAUUGAGAAAGCUGGUGAGAAAACUGUUGCAUCAAACGCUCAGAAGUUUGAAAUUAAUAAAUUAAGUGAAGCUGUGGAACAGCAGAAAGCAGAGAUUGACCGUUUGAAAUGGUUGUUGGAUAAUACUGGGACAGGUAACAAAGAUGAAAUUGAGACCUUACAGGGUGAAAUUGCAGCCCUCAGAAAUGUGCUUUCACAGAAUGAGCACAGCAGCAGUACAGCAGAGCCCCUGAAAAGAGGGGGAUACUGGUACUACAUGCCAUCAUCACAGGCUUCAACUCCUGCUUCCCACAGCACCAAAGACUCUGGAGUGUGUUUGGGGUGCUCUGGCACAUCCUCAGCCAGGAGAGGGGAUGCUCAGGACAGGCCCUGUGGGCGCGAGGAGUUGCCCAGCCAAGGAUGUUUGGUUUAUUCACCCGUCAGAAACAGGUUGUGCAGAGCAAAUUCUGGCAAAGACAGAAGAACAAAAGAAGAUGGUGAAGGAAAUGCAGGAUCUCCUGUCCCUGAAGCUUCUCCCUUUGUCCCACCCCCGGGCACAGUUAUAUACACAGCCCUUCCAGAUGGGGCCCCUGCACCUCAGGGCAUGGGGGUUUAUGGCCCUCCUCCUGCAGCAGCCACUGGAGCUCCACUUGCUCCUGGAUCCAUCAUCCAUGGCCCACCUCCUCUGGGAUCCCAGGUGGUUUGUGGCCCUCUGCCUCCAAACUUUACAGUGCCACUCAUUCCCUUUGGAGUGCUCCACUGCAACGUGCCUGAACAUCAGGAUCUGGAGAGUGAAAUCUCAAGGCUGGAAGACACCGUGUGCUAUUUAAAGUCUCAGAAAUACAAAGACAAAUGCUCAGAGGCAGCUGAGCAUAAAUACAAAAAGGAGGUGGAAAGAUUGCAUGGAAAUGUUGAAGAACUUGAGCAGGAAAGAAAAGAGCUGGAAUGUGAAGUGGCAGAGUUGCGCCAAGCGGCUCAGAAACAGAGCACACGCAGGGACUUUAUUGACGGCUACACUGACAGCCUCCUUGCAGAGCUGCAGCUGGAGAAGUCCCUUCAGCAGCAGGAAGAUGUUGCAGAGGAGAUUGAAUGUGCAGAGAAGACUCUCCUGAAACGUCGGGCCGAGCUCAGAGAGGCCGACAGGCUCCUCACAGAGGCUCAGGUGGAACUUGAGAGCACCCGGGGCAAGACUAAAGAGACUCUGCAGAAGUACAAUCAUGCCAAACACCGUUUAUCUUGCACUGAAAUGGAGGCAGAGGAGCUGGAGCAGAGGGCUCAGGAAACAGCCACCAAAAUUGUGAAAGCAUCUCAGCAGCUCAGGUUAUUACAGACAGAUACGAGGGGUUUGGAACGGCUUAAGAGGGAACAAGAAGGUAUUUUGAAGAAAAUCAACAAAAUGGUGGCUGCAAGAGACUCUGAGUUGCAGUCAUUAAACCAGAAGAUAGAAAUGCUCACUGAAAGUCUUCAGAAGCUCCAAGGAGAUAUUCAACUUGCAGAAGGUAACGAGGGCCAGCAUCUCCAAAUCAUCAGAGAAGCAGAAAACCUUGUCCAGGGCAAGAAAACUGAAUUGGAAACAUUGAAAGAUCAGAUUUCUGCUCAGCAGCAAGAGCUCUUGUUCCUGGAGCAGCAGGUGACUCAAAGAACAGAAGAGCUCCGUGGCAUUCAGGACUGCAUUUCCCAAAGGAAAGGUGAUCUCAAAGAGGCUCUUCGGGAUGGAGAGACUGAAGCACAUGAAAAACUUCGCCAAAUAAGGGAAAUAAAAGUACUUCUGGGAGAGCUUAGUAUUGAGAGGAAUGAACUGGAUGACCAGAUGAAUGAGAAAAGAGCACAGCUUUUGGUCCUAAAGAAGGAUAUUAGAAAGGAGGAGGAAAAUCUUCAAGGAAUACUUGGGCAAAUCAGCAAGCAUAAGAUGGAACUGAAACAUGUGCUGGAAAUGUUGGAGCUUGAGAAGAAUGAACUGGAAGGUUUGAAACUACAACAUGAGCAGAAGGUCAAUGAGCUGGAAAAGACCCAGGUGGCUGUUCUAGAGGAGAAGCUAAAAUUGGAGAAUAUUCAGAGAUUAUUUCAGUGUCGGCAAGGGGAAGUGGAUUGGCAGGAGCAGCUCCUCAGGAAGGACCGUGAGGAGAACGAGCACCUGGGCUCUCAAAUGAGAACUCUGCAAAACAACAUCGAGGCUCUGAGCAGAGAGAAGGAGAAGCUGGAAGAGGACUCCAGGAGUUUGGAGAAGAAGUUGUCACAAACCAAAAAAGACCUAACUGCAGCUGAAGACAGCAGCAGAACUGCACUGUCCAACAUGGAAAAAGUGGGAUUGGAUGUUAAGAACCUGCAGCAGGAGGUGGAGCUGCUGAACAAGCAGAAGAAAUCACUGAAUUCGGAGAUUGUUGCUGUCCAGGAGGACCUUCAAGGGAAAAAAGAAGAACUGGAAAUACUGAAAGGAGAACUGAAUGACUCAAGGCAGCAGCUUCACCUUGUGGAACAGGAUUUGGAAAACAGCUCCAGGCAGCAGGAGGAGCUGCUCAGAGAGCAGGCAGCCCUGAAGGAAGAGAUCCGAGAGUAUGUAAGGAAGCGUAAGGAAUUCCAGGAGAGGCACAAGAAGAGGGAGAACCAACUGCAGCAGCUCCAGAAAAAGAUUGAAGACAAGGAAACAGAACUUGCCCAACAGGAAGUGGUUCUUCAUUGCCUCAAGCAAAACUCAGAGCGUGAAGGGAAAAAACUGGAAGAAUGUGCAGCUAAAGUGAAGGAUCAGAAAAUCCUGUUGGAAAAGGAACUAACAGAUCAACACAAGAAACUGGAGCAGGCAAUAGCUAAAGUCAGGCUGGCAGAAGAGAACCUUGGGAAGCUGGAAAAGGAGGAGUCCCGGUGUGCAGCUCUUGAAGAAACCAUCAGAAAAAGCAAACAUCAGCUCUCAGAAAAAGAAUUACAGUUACAACAAAAAGACAGAGAAAUACAGUGUCUUCAGAAAGAACUCGAGCUCUCCAAGUCUGAGCUAAAGCAACUUCAAGGUCAGAUAGUGUCAGAGAGGAGAGAAGCAGAAAAACAAAUCCUGAGUUUGAGAGAAACAGAGAAAAUGCAAAGGAUGGAGCUUGAAAGCAAACUGCAAGAGCAGAGGCAUGGAGGGGGCAGCCUGCAGAGCACCAGGGCUGAGCAGCCGUGCCACUGCCACAGCCACUGCCCGCGAGCCGAGCACCUCGGAGGGGACCUGGGCCAGCCCCCACCCAGGGGGGAAUGCAGCCACCCCCAGAGCCAGGUUAAAACUCAGACUCAAGACCUGGAAGAGAGACAAAGGGAAAUGGAGAGUGCAGCAACCUUGCUUAACCUGGAGGUUGAAAAUGAAAUUAGGACAGGGUUUGAAUCUUCACACUCAUCUUCUCCAGACCUGCUGGAAGCUUUGGAGGCAUCAUCUGAAGGAAAUAGGAGUCUGCAGUAUGAGUGUGAUAGCUCAGAGACUGCUUCCUUUGCUGCUGCUGACAGACAGCUCCUCUCCUUGGACGAAAAGCUCAAUGUCUCCAGAGUCUUCUUACUGGAUGAGCAGUGGCGGGGAGAGGCGCUCCGGGAGAAGCUGCAGCAGCAUGAGGACCGGCUCAAGGCGCAGCUGCGGCGCUGCCUGGCCAAGCAGGCGGAUGUGCUGCUGCAGGGCAAGCGGCAGACGGCCGGGAGCCUGCACAGCCUCCAGUGCCAGCUCCAGGUGCUGGAUGACCUGGUCAGCAGCCCUGCUUCAGAUUCCCUCUUCCUGCCCAGCAGCCCCAGCCUGGAAUCUCUUCACAGUGCUCUGAAUAUAACAAAAGCUCAGGUCCCCAGCAGCCCAGGAAGCACGUUGGGAUCGGCAGUGCUGCAUUCCAGCUCCCAAGGGAUCUCUCGAUGAAGCAUGUCCCAGCACAGUAAAAUGGGCACACAAAACACGUGUUCCUGCAGGACACUUCACCUGCCACCUCCUUUGUGGGCAGAGGGACACAGGCUCACAGCUCAGCUCCACUGGAUGGCACACAGGGCUAAACUGGGGGUCUAUCAGGUAACUGGAAGAAUAAAGAGAAAGCUUGAAAAAACUGAUUUGUACAUGCAAGUACUUCAGGAAGAAAGCGGGAGCUGCCCUGUUUUCAACAGAGUAACAGCUGGGUGUUACAGCUACAAGAUACCAAGAGCACAAAUAUGCACCAAAGAUCUCCUGUGCAUUCUGAGGAUGAAAAUAUCCAGUAACUUCUGCUGUUAAAAACCCCAACCAAACCAACCAGCACCAUGAACUCCAAUACAGGGAACCAACCACUUCUGUGGCUAUGAAAUCUGCAGAAGCCUGCGUGCCCUCUCUUCGUCCCAAGACCAGGAGGCCAAGGAAUGCCAACUCCUCCCCAACACAGGGAAGUUUUAUGUUCCUGAGCACAUGACUUUAGGAUACCAUUGUGUGGUAAACAAUGUUGUACUGCUCCACUGUUCCAACCAGGAGGGAAAUGCAUCCUGCUAUCCAAGUCUGGAAAGUGAGGAAGACUUUUUUUUUUAGAAGUAUGGACAAACUGGGAACUCGGUGCAGUCUCUGUCACAAACUGAAUUUGAAGUGAAUCUCGACUAGAUCUCCAUUGCUGAAUAUACAGCUCUGUUUAUUUGUCAGACUGUUUCUGCCUGUUGAGAUAUGUCCAUUUUCAUUAUGCCUUCUAAGUAAAAGAGUCUUAACUAUGCUAUUUCGAUACAAAAAAAUACUGGUAUUACAUUUAUUCCAAGGGUCACAUUACAGAAAAGAUUCUGAAAUACUCCAAACCAUUAGUAAAGGUCAGGAAUCUUUUCUAGAGAACAGAUGACUCCUUUAAAUAAAAAAAUCAAAUAAAACCCAAGCAAAACUAAAACAACCAAAUAACAAACUUUUGAACACUCAAAUUCCAAUAAGGAUUAGCAGGAAUUCAAACUGUACUCAGAUCUUGGAAUACAAGUGAUAUUCCACAAGGACUCUGUGCUGAAGGAGAAAAAAAAAAAAUGCAACCAACUAAAAACAGAAACCCUGCUGAGAAUUCAGCCUUGGAAAACUGACCACCUCAGCAUUUACUGCAGACGAAAGAAGGAAGUCCAGACAAGAACAGGGCACAACAGGGGUCAGUAAAUUCUAAACUAUCAGCUACAUGUCAAUGUAAGGGGUUGAUGCAUUGAUAGCCAUUACCCAUCUGUAGGAACUCAAGUUCUGCCUCCACCCUCUCUGUUCCAGACACGUGAAUCUCAAUAAUUCCAAAAUGGGGGAUGGGGCUUUCCUCUUGGGAGAGCAAGAGCUGCAGGGCUGAGAAAGUUGCACAUAAAUAUCCACAGCUCAGCCUCAGCCACUGCUGGCAUUGUGCACAUCAAAGUUAAUCAGCCAUGAGUUUAUGGUUAACAGAAAGCAGAAGUUUAGUCUGGGAGCUUGGCCUACCUGCCAUCCUUCUUCCAGGAAAAGUCUGCCAGCUCAGUUUUGGCUCCGUUCUCCCAGGUAAGGGUGCCCUGGAGCGCAGAGCAUUAUUGCAGGAUGGCCACUGGCCAGAAGAUCUCACUAAGCACAGAUUUAUGCUCAUUUCAAAGCCUAUACAAUUCAUUUCUGUAUUACCUUAGGACUGGAAAUUUUAUAGCAGUGUUGCCAAAUCCAUUUCCCAUAUAUCAACUUCUUCAUUAGAGGCUUUUUUUAUAUAUAUAUAUAUAUAGUUAAAGAUCACCUUAAUGAGACACCAGUACAUCUGCAUCUCCUCCUCUAGUAAACAAGCACUACACAGAUAUUUAGAAAUCUCACUGAAGGUGUAUUUCAACUAUCAGCUACAUCUGUACUCCCUGAGAUAAGACUGUUCUGGGCACACUGCUGUAACAUUCUUUAUCACAAUAACAUAACUGUAAAUAUCAGAUUCAUACCAGCCUUUGCAAGACCUGUGCAGCUCCUUCCAGCUCAAGGACAUAGUUUUAACUCUUCACUGGAUAUCAUUUGCAUUAAGAAAUUUAAUAUCUUUAUGCUCAACAAGAAGCAGGUGUGUUGUGAAAGGAGACCAGAACCUGCAUGCAGAGGGUUUAUUAGACACUGCUGUGGUUCAUACCUGCAGCUGAUGGAUGCUCCAUGCACAGGGAUGAGACCUGGGAAAAAAAACUACCACCUUCAAACUCAGCCCUUCCCAGUCGUUACUGGUUCCCUGCAGACCACAGCACUCUGCAGCUAGGGAAACACUGGUUAGUUACUCUGCAGUAAAAGGUAUUUUGUAGUCCCUCUGGGCAGCCAGGUGUUCUGUGCAUCAUUCUCCAAGGAUAUGCAGCAGGAAAAGCUUUCACAGUAGAAGCUGUAGAUUUACUUGGAUGUUAAUUAUCAGACAACAUUAAGAUUAAUAAGGGGGAGGAGCUGGAGAGAGACAGAGUUGUUUCAUUUCAUAAUUGCACUUUUCCCCUUAUGAAGACUUUUGUCAAGCACAUAGAACAAUGUGGUUCAACUGGUACCUUACUUCAGCAGGCUACUAGAAGCAUUGUGUGAGUGCUUCAAUUAUGGUCACCUGUAAGAUCACAGCACACUGAAGGUAAUAACAGCUCUGUUAUCAAUUCAUUCACCCAAGCAUUGAAUUCCCAUAGGUGUCAUGUCCACAGCAAGCUAUGAGGUCUGCUACAAUUAAAUUCCACUGUGCUUCUCUGGCUUUCACACACCAAGGACAUUCAGGUCUUCCUAAGCCACAUCAACAUCUCGGCUCUUUUUAAGAUGAUGCUCUGCAGCCACCCUGCUCUGCUUAUUUAUUCAUUUUUGCAGGCUUGGCUUUACAGAGCCCUGCUGAGCCUGAUCCCUGAGGAGUCUCAGAGCCUUCACACCUGUCUGACAACAUCACUUGUUGCUGGCCAGUUCCUUACUCAUCCCUCAGCUCUUCCAGAGUCAUCCUGCCUGGCUUCCCCCACUUGGAUUUCACCAAAGCAUCCAAUCAGCACAAGACAGGAAAUUUGGCUGAACUGAUCACUGAUCACCCAGAAGCCUCUGUGAGCUGUUGUCCAGGAUCACUGUGCAUUUCCUCGCUGUUCCCACCUCAUUACUCUUUCCCUGACAGCACACGAGGCCUUGCAUGCUCUGAGGCUCAGACUGCAGA